AUGUCCCGCCGUCCGUCCAUCGUUGUCCCGCAGGACGAGGACUUCACCGUCGGCCAGACGGGCGUCGCCUCCUUCUCCCGGACACGCGACACUCCCGCAGUUCCCCAAACACCGCUCGUCUCGCAGACUGACCGCGAACUCCUCGACCUCCCGCCUCCUCCUCCGCCCGACAAAGACACCGACUCGUCCCGCUCGACCGGCACCAAGCUCCCCCAGAAACCUCAGCCGCGGCGAGCGAGUAAUGCGGGAGCGUACAAGCGCGGGUCGAUGGAUUGGUCGCGGUCUGACCGCUCAGGGUCGACGUUCCUCCCUUUCGGGUUCUUCUCGUCCUUGACCGGAGGUGGCGGAGGAGACACGAAGGGACGGUACGAGGCCGUCUCGCCGAUGGCGCCGAGAAAGUACGGCGACAAGACGUAUGUCGAGCUGAACAUGGACGACUAUGCGGAGGGACUGCGGUUGAGUGCGGGCGACGAUGAUGAGGACAAUAGCAAGAUGCGAAGACAGAGUACCGGAGUCGGGCAGUUUUUCGACCAAUUCUACCCUCGCGAAAUACGCCGCAACCGCCGCACCUACGAACGCAUCAUCCUCCUCGGCCUCGCCAUUGUCGUGCUCGUGCUGUUGCUCUCGGGCGGAAAGAGCGGGAAUGGGCGACCGAGCAUGUUGGAGAAGGCCAAGAUGCGAGGGGCGCGGCGGAAGAACCCUUUGCGGAGUAACAUCCCGCUGCAUUCGUUCCGGGCGAACUUGAAGGAUGGCGCGGGCUACGUGACGAGUUUCCCCUACGGCGGCCUGACAAACCAGCUUAUCGAGAUGUUCAAGCUUGUUCACGUUGGGCAGCGGCUGGACCGAACUGUCAUCCUCACCGAGCUGAAGGCUACGCAGUCGGAAGGCGGCGACGUUCUUCCCUCCGAGUUCUUCGACCUCGACUCGUUCGCCUACUACUCGAACGUUUCGCUCGUCCAAUGGAAGGACGUCAAGAUACCCGACAUCACCGGGACGCAGCCGGAGGAGCUGUCAUGCUGGGGCUGGCGAGACGAGCGGCCGCUCGCGCGGUACAACGUCAAGACGCACUUCUGGCCGUUCCCGGGCCAGCUGCAGGUCCCGUCGUCGGCUGAGACGUCCAUCACCUUCCCCGGCAUCGAAGUCCUCGCGUCGCAAGACAACACGCCUUGGCUGAAGGAAUCGGCGACUCACUUGCACGGCUCGCGCGACAACUCGCCUCCCUUCCCCGACAAACAGCUUCUCUGCUUCGAAGACCUGUUUUACGUCCCGAGCGUCAAGUUUGUCGACGGCUCGCUCGACAAGACCUACUCGAUCCAGGAGCUUCGUCCCGACGGACCCGUCUGGGACAAAGUCGGCCGGCACCUUCGCUUCAAUUCGCACGUCAACCAUAUCGCCGACGAGCUCCUCGCUGCUCUGAUUGGUUCGCGGAGGAAGCAGUACAUCGGCGUGCACAUUGCGAAGGGGAAUUCAACGGGACGAAUCUCGCAGGAGACGGUCGAUGCGUUCAAGGCGGGCGUCAAGCAGGUACAGGCGGACUUGGCGAAGCUCAAGGGCGGCUCGAAGGGACACUUGCCUGUGCUCGUCGCGACAGACUCCGACGACCCAGUCUUCCUCUCAAAGCUCGCCAAGCUCGGUUGGAUCUACAUCAACCAUGGAGAAUGGGCGACUCGCGCAAGGUUCGGCGGCUGGUACCCUGGCGUGCUCGACUCGGUCAUCCUCAGCCGCGCAAUCGGUUUCGUCGGUACGAAGGAGUCGUCGUUCAGCUCGAUCGCCGCCCGCCGAGUCGAGACUUGGAACGGCGGACUCUCUCGCGUGUUACAGAGGUAG